CGCCGCGCCGCAGCGGGUCCCCGCUCGCUGCCCUCGACGUACGGCGGGGAAUUGUCCCCUCCUCGCUCCCCUCCUUCGCCCUCCUGGCGAGCCUGGCUGGGCAAAGCCGUGCCCAAUUCCUCUUACGGCGAGUUCGACCCCGAGAAAGAGCGAGAUCUCUUCGGAAACAUGGAGCUGCUGUGCUGCGAGGUGGAUCCCAUGAGGAGAGCUCUGCCUGACCCAAACUUGCUCUACGAUGAACGCGUUUUGCACAACUUACUAACCAUAGAGGAGAGAUAUCUGCCCCAGUGCUCCUACUUCAAGUGCGUCCAGAAGGACAUCCAGCCCUUCAUGAGGAGGAUGGUGGCCACUUGGAUGCUAGAGGUCUGUGAAGAGCAGAAGUGCGAAGAAGAAGUUUUCCCUCUGGCCAUGAAUUACUUGGACAGAUUCUUAGCAGUGGUGCCCACUCGAAAGUGCCAUCUGCAGCUGCUGGGGGCUGUGUGCAUGUUCCUGGCCUCCAAGCUGAAAGAGACAAUCCCCCUCACAGCCGAGAAGCUGUGCAUAUAUACGGACAAUUCCAUCAGACCCCAAGAGCUGCUGGAAUGGGAGCUGGUGGUGCUGGGGAAGUUGAAGUGGAACCUCGCAGCUGUCACCCCACAUGAUUUCAUUGAACACAUCUUAAGGAAGCUGCCUCUACCUAAAGACAAGUUGCUUUUGAUCCGGAAGCAUGCACAAACGUUCAUUGCCCUUUGUGCCACAGAUUUUAACUUUGCUAUGUACCCACCAUCAAUGAUAGCAACUGGAAGUGUGGGAGCAGCCAUCUGUGGCCUUCAGCUCGAUGAUGGGGACAGCCUCACGGACCUCCUGGCCAAGAUCACAAACACAGAUGUGGACUGCCUUAAAGCUUGUCAAGAACAGAUCGAGGCGGUGCUAGUAAACAGCCUUAGGCAAGUCCGGCAGCAGCAACAGCAAAGCAAUCCUUCCAAGACGGUGGACGAACUGGACCAGGCCAGCACUCCCACAGAUGUGAGAGAUAUCAACCUGUGAGGACAUCGGCACAGAAAGUCACUCUUGCUCCCUCGGCCCUUUUAUUUUUGUUAUUAUUUUUAGAAUGAAUUUUUGGUUGUGUUUUUUUUUUUUAAUCUGCUCCUACAUAGAAUGUAUUUAAAGCUCUUUUAGGUAAAAAAAAAAGAAAAAAAUUACAAAAACUGAAUAAUGAAAAAAAAAAGCAUUUGGUGCCUGUGAUGUUCUACAGAAGGGAAUCCCACAAUAUAUUUGGUAAUUGCUAUUUGAUUAUGUAUCGAUGAUAUUAAAUGCUUAUAAAAGCAUACAAAGUAGCUAGAUAAAUGUAAGCCUGCAUUUGUGGGAACAAAGUAGAGUAUACUUGUCUGCAUAUUAUGACCUAGUGCAUACACCCCUUUUUUAGAUUUAAGAAAGGAAUCGUGUGUGCGAUUUUAUGGCUUGACUAGAUUGCAAAGCAAUAGAAUAAGGGGUUUAGGGCAAAGUGGGAAAAGAUCCCUGAAGCAAUUGAACUAUUGCGAAUGCAGAACAGAUUUGCUGAUCUGUCACCUCUGUUAUUAGUCAGAAGUGUUUGUUGGAUCUCUGUAUGUUAGUUUUGUUUACUCUUGCUGUCUGUGGUAGCUGCUACCUAAGAAAGAAGAUGCUUUAUUUUGCCAGCUGGAAGAGCAGGUGGUGUUUUGUUUUGUUUUGUUUUUUAUUAGUUUAUUCUUUUUUUUUUUUCAAAUUCCCCUCUCCCCUCUUGACUUUUUCUACUUUUCCUUCAAAAAUGGUUUGUUCUAGACACAGCAGCAUCUUUGGCAUAAGGGCAAUUUCGUUUCCCCAGCUGUGGGCCAAGCCAAAGUUAUUGAGUGGUCACCUUAGAUGAGGGAAAUGCACCAAUUAAUUUCAGCCAGUGGGCCUCAGUGGGCUAGCUGCCUCCAACCUUUAGAUUGCAAGAUGUGGUGGAUCAUCUGUGAAAAGGAUUAUAUUUCCUUUACAGUGCUAAUGCUCCACUUCAAUGUUAACUUUUGGCAGCUCCUUAGCUUGGCCUAAAGACAUUUAAAUGAUGCUUUGUCCAUCUUCCUUUUUCACAUAUCUUCACUGUGUUAAAGAAGAUGAGAUCUGGUUUGAUCCCUCUCCUAUCUACCUGCCUUUCCCCACCACUCCCUCCUCCACCCCACACACAUUUUUAGCAUUUCAUUAACUUUAUUGAUCCGCAGUAAGCGUUUUUUUGUAAACCAUUUCAUUCGAAAAGCACUUUGAAAAAUUUUUCCUAAGGGAUUAAAUGAGAUGGUUUAUGGCGAUUUUGCCGAGAAAAAGAUAAAAAAAAUAGAAAGAAAAAAAAAAAGAGGGAAAAAAUAAUUAAAAAAAAAAGAAGUCGCAAAAGCAAAGCAUAUAGAUUUUUAUAGUCAAUAUUGUCCAGUAUCUGGUGUACUUGGUUAGCUGCGGUGUUGCUGGAAAUACCAACACCUGCUUCAUGAUGACAUUCCUGUCAUGACAUUCCGGAUAAAACCCUGACGAUUUUUAUUGUUCAGUGUCACAAAAGAAUCUUAAUACCACCUGCAUGCAUAUCUAUGGACAACGAAUGAAAAUUGCUGGUGCAAAAGGCAUGAGUGGUAAACAUCGAGUGGUAAACAUCGAGGUGUGCGAGUCCUAUUACAAAGGUGUAUUCAGUGUACUUGAAUUUAUUUUUCUGCUCCAUCCAUAGAGAAGGGGCAUUUAGAUGGCAAAGGAGUUGGAGCAACUUUUUUUAGGGGGGGGAGGGGGGUUAUUGGUGGUUUUUUU